AUGCCACUAGAAAGUCACGCGUUUUCCAUACACUUCAAGCCGGUCAACGUGAAGCAACCAUACUUGCGACCAUUUGCUGAAAUAAUGAAGUUGACGGAUGCACAAGAAGGUUUGAUUGUUCGUUGCAUACAACGGCUCGAUGAAGUAUGUCGUGAUGUGCGUAAUGCUGCACGAUUGGUUGGUGAUCCGGCAUUGUACGAAAAAAUGGAAGAAACCUCAGCAGCUAUAAAGCGGGAUAUCGUUUUUGCUGCCAGCCUUUACACUGUUUUGGAUUAG